GUGUGGCAACGAUGUACACCCGGAAGUGAGCUUUUGUCAACAGAAUCGACAGCCGCUCGGACUGCACACGCUCUAUAGGCUACUCUAUGACAGAAUGGCUGGAGGAAGCGGAGAGUCUAGCCACUGUAAAAGAUUUUCUUACACGUUUCUGAAAUUCCUCCUGGCCUUCUACGCCUGCGUCUUUUGGGUAAUAGGCAGCAUUAUCCUGGCCAUUGGCAUCUAUGCAGAGGCGGAGCGACUGCGCUAUAGGACCCUGGAGGGGAUGUUUUUGGCCCCAUCUAUAAUCCUAAUCCUGCUGGGAAUUACCAUGUUUGUUGUUUCAUUCAUCGGAGUGCUUGGCACAUUAAGGGAUAAUCUGACUUUACUAAAAGUGUUUAUGUACACCCUGGUAGUUUGCCUGAUACUGGAGCUGCUGGGAGGAAUAUUGGCUCUGACGUUUCGGAACCAGACUGUAAAGUUGCUGAACAAGAACAUCAGAAGGGGCAUAGUGAACUACUACGAUGACCUAGACUUCAAAAAUAUCAUGGACUUUGUUCAGGAAAGGUUUAAGUGUUGUGGGGCUGAGGAUUUUAAAGACUGGAAUGUCAACAUGUACCACAACUGUCCUGGAAUAGGUCCACAAGCCUGUGGAGUCCCACAUACCUGCUGUGUUACUACCAAGCCUAAUGAAGUGGUCAACUCUCUGUGUGGAAACGGGGUACAGAACCAAACGCGGAUAGAAUUGCUGGAUGUCAUCCAUGUGAGAGGCUGCACUGAUGCGUUCUUCAUCUGGGUGACCGACAACUAUAAGAAGAUGGCCAUACUAUUGUUAGUUAUCUUUCUGCCCCAGUUUUUUGGGGUGAUCGUCACCUGGCUGUACAUGACUCGGGUUGAAGAUGCCAUCGCAGAGUACGGCCACUAUAUGGAUGGACCCCGACAGGAUCUUAAGAAACAAAACCGUGUUUCCAAAUGGUUUUUGUGUAUGCCAGAAAUAUGAAAAAAAAACACUGACUCCAGCCAACUGACUCAUAGUUAAUUAAACAGAAUAUGUACAAUUCAAUUCUUUUCUUUUUUCUGUACCCAUUUCUUUUUCUUGUUUCCAUUGUACCUCAGAAGGACUCAGGGAUGAUUUUCUUUUUUUCUAAUGGGUGAAUUUUUUUCACUAUCCAGUGACUUGCCUUAAAAUGUUCUUGAUUGAAGCCAAGUUGAAACCUUCACAUGUUCUUUCCUUUUUAAUGGUAAGUCCUUCAAGGUUUUGCUUUUAUAAAACUUGGUCAGUUAACAAAUGCAAUAUUGAUCAAGCUUUUUCGUAGUAAAAUGUAUUGAACUUGCCUUAAAUGUAUGUUUUAUUGUUAGAGACAAUAUUAGAAAUAAAGCUUUUGCUCUUACUGCCCACAAGAUGGUAUUCUCAGGUUAAGCCACAGCAGUCAAUAAACUUUUCCUUACGUUAACAAAAAUUAUUUUAUCUCCUAAUAAUAAACUAAAUUCAUGCUUUUUUACUGUAUUUUAGUAGCAAACAAACAUGUUUGUUUCUAAUGGUGAAAGGCAGGGAAAAGUUUCUGGCAUCAUUCAAUCUCCAAAAUUAACUUCUCUGUUAUAUUUGUAAAAAAGAAAAAGAAAAUAUAGAUUACACAAAAAUAUUUGCUCUGGUUGCAUUGUCCUAACAUGAAGCUCAGGUUGUUUUGUUUUUUUGUUUUUUUUGUUUUUUUUUAUGUCCCUUAUCACUAUGUUUACCUUGCAUGGUGUGAAGUGGCUAAACGAAAUAGACCUCAAUGUUACGUUAUAUUUAUACUCCAGGGAAAUGGGAAGUGUUGGUUUUCUAAUUAAAAUAAAAUUAAAAAAAAUCUUAAAGAGCAUCUUUCAAAUAUUUAAAUGGAGUUGUUCAUGAAUGUCUCACUGACUUUUGUAUUUAAAAAGUAGAAUCACAAAAAACUAGGUAAUAAUUUAAAUGGAUACACUUAUUAAUACAUGCAUUUAAAUUACAUUUUUAUGUAAUACUUAUACUGAGCCUGAAAAGAAUAUGUAAUCCCAGAGCAAUUAGACAUUUUUACUACAGCUCAGUUAUUCCACAUUUAAUAUUUUUUUUUAUUUUAAAAUAGUCUGCCCCUAAUCUUUCUGAAAUCAAUAUUCAGUGUAAUUAUGCGGUGCUUCAUUUUUACUUGUGAUGUAUUUUUAAGGUCACAAUGUAGGUUCUUUCUGCAGUUUCUUUAUUAGAUUCAUAUUGUUUUAUUUUGUUGGUAAUUUAAAAACUGGAAUCUGAGAGGAUUACACUUUGAUUUAAAACAAACAAAAAAAAAGGUUUUGAUGUUUUUGUCUGACAUUGCUCUGAAAUAAAUACUUGUAUUCAUUGUUAUUUUCUGUAUGAGGUGGGGUGAUACUUUAAUUAUGGCUGAACUACUUCUGCACAAAGGGGAUUUUUAACCUUAUUUAAAGCCAGGUUGAAAGUUCAGGCCAUUCUAACGAAAUAUGGGAUUUGUCAUUCAUACAAACUGUGAAGUAAAUCUUGGCAAAUUGUUUUUUUUAACUUCUUUUUGACAGUGAAGUUCCCAUAAUCUGAUUUUUUAAGAAUAAGAUAGGUUUGUUUGUUCAGUUCAAACAUGUUUUGCUUUUUUUGUUGUUUUUUUCUCCUAAAACCAUAAACCUACAGUUAUAUUGCACAUAGAGUAGCACUCCAAUCCUACGCUUUCUACUUUCAGUAUACUCUAAUUAAAACCCACAUAGUAAUGACUUGCAAGGACAGAUGGGAUUUUCUAACUAAUAUGAACAUUACAGCCUCAGUUUAUUGAGGCAUAUUUGUAAUAUUUUUCUUUUUAUUUAAUUUGAACAUGCUGUAAACUUUUUACUGACGAAGAUUCUGUAAACAUGAAAGAGUCAAAGCAAAUUAUUUCUCUUUAAACAACGUAGGAUCAGACAAUUUUACUUUUUGUUUGUUUUUGUUUUUUCAUGUCUUUCAUGGUAGUUUUACCCCUUGAACAUUUUCAGAAUUUAUUUAACCUCAAAUUUUGAUUUGUUUUACCAGGAUUUUAGGAUAGAAUAUUACAUAAGGGUUCGACCUGAUUUUAUCUCUGUUUAUCAGAUGAAAACACAGAUCGGUCCAGCAAGCCAGUUUUUGGAAAUGUACCACCUUUACUAGAAAACCUAAAAAAAUCGGAUUCAGACAUCUCAUCGAUCUUAUCAAACAAAAUGAAAAAAUGCAUUGCAAUUCCUCUUUGUAAUGUUUCAGAAAGCCAAGCAGUAUAAACACUUUUAUGGUGCACUGUACAAAUAUACUCUAAGUACUGUGAAUAGAAUCUGAUAACUUCCAUGUGUCAAAGGGUUAAAGUUAAUGAUGCUCAAGAAUGGUGCCACCUUAAACUGGAAGAUUUGGCAUAGUUUGUUUCCUGAGUGUUAAAUAAAAACCCAUGCAUGGUGCCAUGUUAUAGCCUGUCUUUGUUUUUUCAUAUAAUGCCAAUACAAAAGCAUUUUCUAAAGAGAUUUUUAGAGGUUGCCUGCUGUUUAAUAAAUAAUCAUUGCUAUCA